AUGAAUAUUGAUUUUUCAAGAAUUCUCAAUCUAGUAAAUGAAAUACCAAUUCAAGUUUUUAAGCAGAGUUGCUUAACUAAAUUACCAGAGAAAUAAAUGGAUGAAAUCAAUAAAACCACCCCCAUUUUAACAUCCUAAUUAACUAUUUAUUAUAGCAUUUAAGAAAGCUUCCUCAACAUUACUGUACUGUUCAUACCCAAUUUACUUGUGAUUGCUGAUUAAUACUUAGUACUCUCUAAUUGUAAAAUUACAAAGUUGAAAUAAUGUUACAAAUUUGAUGCUUAUGGUAUAUAACUAUCAAGUUCAACAGGGCAUCUUUUAAUGUUCUUUAACAACAAAUAGCAAUAUUUAGAAUGGAUGCCUAAAUUGAAAUCCUUUUGCAAGUUAACAAAUUUCUCAAACAAGUUUUGCUUAUUGGAAUAGAUCAUCAAAGAUUAUUAUAUUGUCCAGCACAAAAAAACCAAAAAAUAUUAUACAUCAUAUGUUCAUUCUAUAAGAGCUACAUCACCAGUCGAUAUUUUGCAUAGUGAAAUACAAACCUUGAGAAGCAUAAAACAUCCAUCUUUAUUAGAUUUGAAAUGGGUAUAUGAUGAUAACCAUUACAUCUAUUUAAUAUUUGAAUAUUUUAGAUGUGAGAAACUAUUGGAUCUCCUUAAUUAAGGUUUGAUUUUGGAUCAAACACAAUUAGCAUCAGUAAUUCUGCCUUACUUAAUUUUAGAUAAUUUUGCAAUUAUUGUAAUCUCUCAAAUUUUUAAGAAAGAAUAACAUCUAUCAUGGUAACAUUACACCAAACAACAUCCUUAUCAAUACACAAUCUUCCUUUCUUUAACUAUUCUUAGUUAAUAUGGCAUUUAUAAGUCGUAUUGACUAAGAACCUUUAGAUUAAUACCUAUCAAAUGUUCAUGAGAGUUAUAUAGCACCUGAAAUAUAAUAAGGAAUUGCUAAACCAUCAAUUAAUAGUGAUUUGUAUUAAAUAGGAAUUGUAUUGUAUUUUUUGACAUUUUUUGUUCAUUAAAAAAGGAAAGAUGAAAGAGUGGAUAGAAUUUAAAUGGAAUUAAUUGAUAAAGCAGAAGAAUAUCUGUCAUAACUUGAUAAAAAUACUUAAUGUAUAAACUUUUUAAUUAAAGAUAAGUAUAAAAUGGUUUAUUGUGCUUCUCAAUUAGACCUAUUGAGAAGGUUGCUUGAUAAAAAAGAUCAUAGAAUAAAAUUAGAGGAAGCAAUUAAACAUCAUUGGUUUAUUAAUAUCAAAUAGAAAUUAAAACCAAAAAUUGAACGUAGAAAAUAGCAUCUACCAUCAUUAAAGACAAUAAUAGAAUUAUGUGAAUAGAAUGAAUAUUCUAAAAAUUUUGAGAAAUAAUAAAAAAUAAUAGAUGAGGAUUCUGGUAAUUUAUUAAUUUAUAUAACAAUUAGUAUUAGAAGAAAAUAAUUUGAUUGAAGUAUUAAUGCAAUAAUUAGAGCAGAAUUAAUAAUCAAAAAGACCAUCAAAAGAGAAUCAUGAGAAAUUAAGAAUGUUUGAGUAAUUCAAAACUCAAAUAGAAUGUGAAAAGACAAAUCAAGAAAAACAAUUUGUAUUCUCCAAAAGUAUCAUGUGA